AUGUACAUUCCCACCAGUACUACAUGGAACUCCACACAAAGUACGCCCAUUUCAGAACAAGAAGGGCACGAAGGGUUAAAUUGGGGUUGGACCCUUGGAGCUGAGCUCCAAGAAGCCGAGUCGGGGUCCGGCUCGGAAGCGCCAAGACUAGGUUGGAGGAAGAAUGGCUGCACCUCAGAAGCCUAUUUGGUGCAGUACCUGAUUGAUCUGAGGGUAAACAUGGAAAACGUCGCCUCUGUCCAGCAAGCCACCUUCCAAGAGGCUGCUGUCCGUGCUUGGGGAGCACGUCGCACAUGUUUGGGUGUAAAAACGAGGCACAACGAGAAGGCCAAGAUGAAUGGCGGUGGAGACUGCGAGUGCUUUACGGAAGGUAGCGAUUGCGGAGAUUGGGAUGCAGCAUUGCCAUACGAGGGGCCCUCCGAUUCAAAUGAAAUCUUGAUCGAUAGAAAGGGCCGGUACAGAAUGGAGGAAGGGCGGGGAGAGGGUAUCCUGCCAACGACGGCCAAGGUGGAUUACGACAAACAGUAG